AUGCCACAAUUAAACCCCGGCCCUUGAUUCAUAAUUCUAGUAUACGCAUGAUUACUUUUCCUAGCCAUUAUCCCAACCAAAAUCUUAAAUCACAUUUCACCAAAUAAACCAACCUCAGUAAGCGCUAAAAAACACAAAACUGGGUCCUGACACUGACCAUGAUAA